AACUUACAUCCCUGCUGCAUCACAAUAUCAACACUUGAUCUCUCCGAGGGACAUCGGCAGAAUUCAGAUUCAGAACGAAACAUGGCAGCAUCAGAUGGAUUUCCUGCCAGUUUCUACGGGGAACCAGGAGUGUUAGGCAUGUUGUCGAAUGGGAUCAGUGCAUUCCUUGUACUUCUACAGAACUUCAGUCAAGCUCACAAUGGCAAAGCUCCGGUUGGAGUAGAGAACAUUCUUGCAGGCGUACAUCUCAUCCUGAUAGGUGGUGUAUGCCAGUUGGUGGCUGGACUGCUCUCCUUCCGCAAAUACGACCACUUGAGCGGUACUGCCUUCAUUGGCUAUGCUGCUCUUUGGGGUAGUUAUGGUGCAACCAGAAUCUACUAUGGUGCCUUGUCUGAAAAUCCAAAUAUGGCCUCAACAGUAGAUCAGAUCAUGAACAAUUCCUCCCACAAUAUGAUGAGCAACGCAUCUCAUAAUAAUGCCACACAGUGCUAUUUAUGUCUCUCCAUAGAAGAGUCAGCCAUUGCUGGCCUGGUCCCCUACAUCCUCCUAUCUUUUAUUCUGGCUUUUUGCUCUGCCACGGUCAACUACAUCAUGCCUUUUGUUUUUGGAGCCAUCACGGGUACUUUGAUCUUUGAGGCAGUGGCUUUAGCUGCAGACUCCUGGGCUCUGGUGGUGUCUGGGGUUCUGGAGUUGCUCAUUUUGAUGUUUGCCAUCUAUGGCUCAGCUGCUCUUCUCAUCAAAGGUCUGACUCAGCGUCUAGCCUUGAAAGGUUUUGGGACCCCACUCUUUAAUGUUCUCCUCCUAGGAACCCCCAACUCAGGAAAAGCUCAGAGUGGAGGCCAGGAGAAGAAGAAGAACACAAAAUAUGCAGAACCAAUGGCUUUGGGCUUCUUCUGCGACUCCAUCGCUCCGUUCAUCUUUGCUUUCUAUAGCUUUGGGUACAUGAAAUCCUUUGGUUUAGGGGUUGUAUGGGUAUCAAUCAUCUCAGUUGCCCAGCUAUUCUCCAGCUACUACGCCCAUCUGCGCCAAGAUUGCUACCACACCACAAAGUUUGGGUUCCAUGCCACAUAUUGGCUGAUCCAAGCUUGGGAUGAGUUUGUUGCGUCUGUUUUAAUAGUGGAGGACAGUAAAGUUGUCUCUGGAAGGGAAGCAAUGGUAGGAGACUGGUUCUUUGUGGCGGCAGCUUUGGUGCUCUGUGUGGGGAGCCUGAACAUGGACGUCCUGGAGUUGAUCCAUAACUUGCUCUUUGUCUUGCUCACAGUCUCCACGGUCCCUCAGAUCCCCCUGCAGGGUUAUUACAUCUUCUUUGGUGUAGCUUGUUCUCUCUUCACUGCAGUCUCUAUCUAUGGCACCUUCACCCGUCUCAUCAACUCCAUUGCAGAGAAAUCUCUUAUACCUGUUGGACCCCAGCCAGUGUCCUCUGAGAAGCUGACUAGGGCUUUGGGUUGUAGGUCCAAACAGGGAGAUCAGGAUGUGCUGCCACCAACUGAUCAGACCUCAGAUGCUCUGUUCUAUCUCUCAAAUGGGGUCGCAGCUCUGUCAGCUCUACAUUCAAGACAGAUGAGUGUGAACCCUUCCCUCCUGCACCUGACCAUCCCCUGGGUCCUGAUCUCUGGAGCUAUCAUCCAGGCCUAUGUCAGCAGGUUGCAAGUGACAGGAGGAGGGCGCUUCGGCUCAGUCAUCUCCUCCAUCUAUGUGGCUGUUUGGGCAACAUGGACAUGGUAUAGAUUUGCAGGUAACCAGCUUCAGCUCUCAACCGAGGCAGAUUAUGGUUUUACUGCAGGAGCCAUCGCCUUCCUGGUCAUUAAUGCUUUCCUUAUGUUGAUUGCUGCUUAUAGAAACUUGGUUCUUCUGUUCCUAACAACGCUCAUGGAGGUGGUUCUUGUCUGCUUCCUUCUCUCCACCUUACACAAGCUGCCAUAUGAGCUUGAAAUUGCCAUGCUUGCACUGGUCUCCAUCAUAUGCAUAUAUGGCACUUUGGCUUCAUUGAUAAACUGCAUCUUCUCACAAAGACUGUUGCCAAUGGGGCCUGCACUCAUCAAGGAAAAAAUGAAAUCAGAACUAUCUGAGGAGCUGCCCUGUCCGGUGGCUAGCUCUCGCCUCACCAGCGGCCUCUUAAAGAUCGCUGGGCUUCUGGAUGAGGGAGGAGUGUGCGGUAUUCCCACAGACACUGUGUACGCUCUGGCUGCCUCCUGCAAAAAUCCCCAGGCGAUAGAGAGAAUCUACAGCAUCAAGGACCGACCAGCAGAGAAGCCUAUCUGCAUUUGCAUUUCUAGUGUGGAACAGCUGGUGGCAGCCAAGCCUCCCUUUAGCCCUCUGCUGUGGGAGUUCAUGAGGAAUGUUUAUCCAGGAGGCAUCAGCUGCAUCGUCAGCAAAGGAGACUGGCUGUUUCAGCUAGGAGUGGGAGCAGCUUACGACCGUGUUGGCACCAGGGACAGCAUCAUGAUCCGUGUCCCUGACCACACGGUGACCUGCCACUUAUGCGACUUCACUGGACCCCUCGCUAUCACGUCAGCCAAUCCCAGCGGAGAACCAGACAGCACCCACCACAGCAUGGUCAUCAAUCGAUUAGGGCACAAGAUCCAAGGGGUCCUCUGCGACGGGGACACAAAUGAAGUCGUUGCUUCAACUGUUGUCAACUGUCUGAGGAUUGAUGAAGGUAUCAUCUCCAUUGUAAGAGAAGGCUGUGUCCCUGCGGUUAAAGUCCAACAGAUCUUUGACAGGCUGAAAAACACAAUGUUGUGAGUCUUGUUACAGAGAACUACCUCAUGGCUUUGUGUGAGGAUCAACACCACAAAAAACACACAUUUAAAACCAAAGCUUUGUUUGUAUAAGUGUUAUUGAAAUUGCAGAUGCUGAAACACCAGAGCUACUUGUGCCUGAAAAUGGAAAAAAAAAAUGUUAUGUUUAUCUGAGAGAAUAUCAACAUAUAUUUAUGUAGUAACUGUAAAUUUGUAGAUAUUUAUUCAUCUUUUUAAAAUGUUCUUUCUGCACACCUUGUGGCUUUUUGGUUGCGGCAAAACAAUGUUCUCGUCUGACUUAUGUGUUAAAGUGCAUUGUGCAAUGUUGUAUGGAGUUACUCUGUGUAAAUA